AUGGAUGAUGAUUUAGAGAUAUAUCUCUUGAAUCCACUUUCAAGAGUGCAAGUAAAACUUCCACCACAUCCAAUGUUUCCUGACAUAAUUCGACGAAGAAAGGCGCUUGGAGAGAAGUCGGAUAUAUGGAAAUAUGAAAUAAUCCACAAAGUGAUGCUAUCUGCUGAUCCCAUUUCAAACCCUAAUUUUCUCAUCAUGGCCAUCGUCUCAGAAUAUGAUGAAUGCACCUUCUGUAGGCCAGGUGACAAGAUAUGGACUUCUUUCAAGGACUGGUUUAAACACUAUCGAUACUUUUGCAAUGCAGCAAUCUAUGAUGAAAAAAUUUAUGCAGUCUGUGUUAACUCCAUUGGUGUGGAAUUUAAUAUUAACACUCUUUCUGUGGCACAAUUGGUUUUAGAUAUUCCGCAUGCUAGAAAAGACGUCGAGGAUAUAAGGUAUGUGGUGAAGUCUGGAGAAGAAAUAUUAUAUAUCUUAAGGUAUUGGACAAUAAUUCCUCAUGCUGAAGAUGGACAAGAACGACUCCAAGAUAGUGGUAACGAUGAUGAUUCAAAUGAUGAUGAGGAUAAUGAUGACGACAAUGAUGAUAAUGAUGAUGAGGAGGAGGAUGAGGAUGAGGAGGACGACAACUACUUUCGGACACCUUUUUAUAGAACAGUCGGAUUCGAUGUUUAUAAAUUGGAGCUCUUAAAACCAGGGUAUGAGUGGAUUGAGGUAAAAAGCUUGGGGGAUCGAGCUUUAUUCUUGGAUCGUGGUCAUUGUUUGUCCAUUUAUGCAUCUGACUCUAACAAAUGCAAGGCAAAUUACAUCUAUUUCUUGGAUGAUAACUUCUAUGACUGUAUGAGGACGAUUCCUAGAUGCAGUGAUACAGGUAUAUUCAACAUGGUGGAUGGUAGCAUCGAGCCUCUUCCUAUUGCUCCCCUUUGGUCGACUCCAGCUAUCUGGCUUACCCAAUAA